UGAAAUCACCGAAUUUUGGAUUUACUUUAAGAAAAACUCGAUUAAGAUUUUGAUUAUAGCUGUUAUUUCACUAAGUUUUCAUCAUGCUUAUCAAGGUCAAGACACUCACAGGCAAAGAGAUUGAAAUAGACAUAGAACCAACAGAUAAAGUGGAGAGGAUUAAAGAAAGGGUUGAAGAAAAAGAAGGCAUUCCACCGCAACAACAGCGGCUUAUUUUUUCCGGUAAACAAAUGAAUGAUGAGAAAACAGCGCAAGAUUACAAAGUACAAGGUGGAUCAGUGCUGCAUUUGGUGUUAGCUCUGCGAGGGGGAGAGUGAAUUCUGUGAUCAUUGUCUCAUAUUUAUAAUUGCUUAAUUUUAUUUCUCAUUUUGUGUAUAAAAUAA